AUGAAAUUGAGUACUAGUGUCUUGCUAUCCUUGCUGGCUGUGUCGCCACUAGCCCAAGCUAUGCUUCCAAUCCAUGUUAAACAAUUCCGUUUCAUUAAACCAAGUUCUGCUGAUAAUGAUGCUUCUUCAAAUGAAGUAUUCUAUGUUAAGGGUAUCGAUUACCAACCAGGUGGUUCUUCCGGUUACGAUCCAGAUGGUGAUUCCGAUGUUCUUUCCGACGCUGAGAAAUGUGCAAGAGAUGCUUAUGUCUUCCAACAAUUAGGUAUCAAUACUGUAAGAAUCUAUUCCUUAAAUCCUGAUUUGAAUCAUGAUAAAUGUAUGACUAUUUUAAAUAAUGCAGGUAUCUACGUAAUCUUAGAUGUUAAUAGUGGUAACUAUGGUGAAAACUUGGAUCGUUCCAAUCCUUGGGGUACUUAUAAUUCUCAAUACAUCGGUAGAGUCUUUAGAUUCAUCGAUGCCUUUAAGAAUUAUCCUAAUGUUCUAGGUUUCUUCUCAGGUAAUGAAGUUAUUAAUGAUCAAAAAGAUUACGCUAACAUUGAUCCUCCAUACAUUCGUGCUGUUCAAAGAGAUAUGAAACAAUAUAUCGCUAAACAUUCCAAUAGAACUAUUCCAGUUGGUUAUUCCGCUGCUAAUACUGUGGAUUUGAGAUUAGCUACUUAUCGUUACUUACAAUGUAAUUCCCUUGACGGUACAACCACAAACAAAGCCCUAGAUGAAUCCAGAUCGGAUUUCUUUGGUUUAAACACUUAUGAAUGGUGUUCUGGUACCUCUGAUUGGGAAAGUUCAGGUUAUGACGUUCUAAACUCAACAUUUAGUGACACUGUGAUUCCAUUAAUUUUCUCCGAAUAUGGUUGUAAUAAAAACCUUCCAAGAACUUUCGACGAAGUCACUGAUGGUCUAUAUCCAUCCAGUGGUCUAGGUAACUUGUUCUCUGGUGGGUUAGUCUAUGAAUAUGCUGAAGAAGCUAACAACUAUGGCUUAGUAGAUAUGGAUGAUUCUGAUGGUUCGAUCACUUAUAAAGACGAUUUCGAUAACUUCAAAUCUGCUAUCUCUAAAUUAAAAGAUUCUGUGGUUUACGAAAGUGACUUAGGUGACUCUAGUCUAUAUAGAUGUAAUUCUAGUGCAAUCACUUCCGCUUACAAGGACUUUGGUGUUAGUAAUUUCACUAUUCCAGAUCAACCAGAUGAUAUUGCCACCAUGAUCAAAUACGGUGUUAAUGGUACUAACGUUGGUAAAAUUUUAACCAAUUAUACUGCUCCAACAACCUUUGAUUAUACAAUUAAGGACAGUGACAACAACACUGUUGAUGCUACUAUCACUUAUGACUCAAGUAAUUUGUUAAACGCUUUGAAAGUUUCUUCUACAUCUGAAUCGUCCGCAACAGCUACAAGUUCAAGCUCAAGCUCAAGCUCCCAGACUUCUAGCGCAUCUAGUUCCAAAUCUUCCUCUAAGAGCAAAGGUGAUGCCGCCCACAUUGCCGGUCCAUUCACUCAAUCCGGUAUCUUUGCUGUUUUAUUAUCUGUUUUAUUGUAA